AUGAAAGCCCUGUCAAUCCUACUAUUCGCUCCUCUCGGUAAGUUUACUGUAACUUUACAAAGAUUACUUUUUAGUGUAUUACUGUAGUAAUAGCAGUGUUGUAGUAGAAAUUGUAACAUCAAAAUAUUUUUAACUUUAUGUUAUGAUUUUACAGUACUCUCUCAACUCCUACCGUCGCAGCCCCUCCCAGGUCAGCCCUUGAACCCGCUAGACCCCCUAUCAGCUACAGUACCCCCGGCCUUGCCUGGACUACAACCUCUGGGUACUAAUCCUCUCACAAACCCACUUGGCCAAACCACAAAUACUCUAGGCCAGCCUACCAACACACUUGGUCAGCCUACCAAUGUGUUAGGACAACCAACCCUAGGCCAGCCAGCACUCGGCCAAAACGGACUGAAUACCAAUCUUCGGAAACGACGAUCAUUGUUUAAUCGAAGAACCUGA